CCACUGUGCCACGCACGCCUGCCUGCACGCAGCUGCCCGUCAUUCCUCGUCUCGUUUCAAGAGCGAGCGUCUAACCUAAACUGAAACCACCGCGCCCCCACAAGCAAGCCCGAAGCUUUCUCCCGGGGACCCCGGUAGACAACCCUCGCCGUGCCGGCGUCGUAGGCGGCGGAGGCACCGGCGGACGAGCAUCGCGGGGACGGUCGUCGGCUUGAUUCCGGGCGUCGCUCAGAACUUGUCAUGGUGCUUUUGCACGCGCGUGCCACGGCCGAACCGCACUCGGCUGCCCGCCACGGAUUACUGGCACGGGGAGCACGAGCCGGAGAGAUGUGGGUCUCGCGCACCCUGGCGAAGGGACCGGCGGGCGUCGACAUGGAGGGCGCCCUGACGGCGCGGGACCGCGUCGGCGUGCAGGACGCCGUGCUGCUGGAGAACCACACCAGCGAGGCCGCCUUCCUGGAGAACCUGCGCAAGCGCUUCCGCGAGAACCUCAUUUACACGUACAUCGGCUCGGUGCUGGUGUCGGUGAACCCCUACCGCGACCUGGAGAUUUACAGCAAGCAGCAGAUGGAGCGCUACAAAGGGGUCAACUUCUACGAGGUGCCCCCCCACAUCUACGCGAUCUCCGACAACGCGUUCCGCUCGAUGCGCUCGGAGCGACGGGACCAGUGCAUCCUGAUCUCGGGCGAGAGCGGCUCGGGAAAAACGGAGGCGUCCAAGAAGAUUCUGCAGUACCUGGCCAUCACGAGCCCGAGCAGCGACCGCGUGCACAUCGUGCGCGACCGCCUGCUGCAGUCCAACCCCGUGCUGGAGGCGUUUGGAAACGCCAAGACCCUUCGCAAUGACAACUCGAGCCGAUUUGGAAAAUACAUGGACAUCCAGUUUGACUACAAGGGAGCUCCGGUCGGUGGACACAUUCUGAACUAUUUGCUGGAGAAGUCGCGUGUGGUUCACCAGAAUCACGGCGAGCGCAACUUCCACAUCUUCUACCAGCUGCUGGAGGGCGGCGAGGACGAGGUGCUGCGGCACAUGGGCCUGGAUCGCAACCCGCAGAACUACAAGUAUCUCAUCAAGGGCCAGUGUUCCCGCGUGAGCUCCAUCAACGACAAGAACGAGUGGAAGAUUGUGCGCAACGCCCUCCGCGUCAUCAGCUUCAGCGACGAAGAUGUGGAGGCCCUGCUGGGGGUGGUGGCUAGCGUCCUGCACCUGGGGAAUGUGCAGUACACGGAGGACGACCAAGGCCACGCCAAGAUCGCCGGAGAUGCCCAGAUCCGAUAUCUGGCUCGGCUGCUCGCGGUGUCGGUGACGCAGCUGCAGGAGUCGCUGACGCACAAGAAGAUCAUCGCCAAGGGCGAGGAGCUGGUGAGCCCCUUGAGCGUGGAUCAGGCGGCCUACGCCCGCGACGCGCUCGCCAAGGCGGUGUACGAACGCACCUUCUCCUGGCUCGUCAAUCGGAUCAAUGAGUCGCUGGCUAACGAGGAUACGCAGCAGAAGUCUGUGAUUGGGCUCCUGGACAUCUACGGUUUCGAGGUCUUCCAGCAGAACAGCUUCGAGCAGUUCUGCAUCAACUACUGCAACGAGAAGCUGCAGCAGCUGUUCAUCGAGCUCACCCUCAAGUCGGAGCAGGAGGAGUACGAGUCGGAGGGAAUCGAGUGGGAGCCAGUGCAGUACUUCAACAACAAGAUCAUUUGUGACCUUGUGGAGGAGAAGUUCAAGGGCAUCAUCUCCAUCCUGGAUGAGGAGUGCCUGAGGCCCGGCGAUGCCACAGAUCUGACUUUCCUGGAGAAGCUGGAGAAGACGGUGGGAGAACACCCGCACUUCCUCACGCACAAGCUGGCGGACCAAAAGACGCGCAAGACGAUGGCGCGGGAGGAAUUCCGCCUCCAGCAUUACGCUGGGGAGGUCAACUACAACGUGACAGGGUUUCUGGACAAGAACAAUGAUCUGUUGUUCCGGAACCUGAAAGAGGCCAUGGCUGGAGCAGAGAACGCCAUCCUGAAGCAGUGCUUCCAGCGCAGCGAGCUGGUCGACAAGAAGCGCCCAGAAACGGCGGCCACGCAGUUCAAGGGCAGCCUGGCACAGCUGAUGGAGAUCCUCAUGUCCAAGGAGCCGUCCUACGUGCGCUGCAUCAAACCCAACGACGCCAAGCAGCCCAGCAAAUUCGACGACGUGCUGAUCCGCCACCAGGUGAAGUACCUGGGCCUCAUGGAGAACCUGCGUGUGCGCAGGGCUGGCUUUGCCUACCGCCGCAAAUACGACGCCUUCCUCAACAGGUACAAGUCUUUGUGCCCAGAGACGUGGCCCACGUGGCGCGGGCCGGAGGUUGAGGGCGUUAAGCGCCUGGUGAAGCACCUCAACUACCGGCCGGAGGAGUUCAAGAUGGGCCGGUCCAAAAUAUUCAUCCGGUUCCCAAAAACCCUGUUUGCGACGGAGGAUGCGUUUGAAAAGCGAAAGCACGGCAUAGUGACCACUGUGCAGGCUGCGUACCGUGGACACUACCAGCGCAAGAAGUUCCUGAAGAUGCGGACUGCAUCUAUUGCGGUGCAGGCGUGGUGGCGCGGUCUCCUGGCGCGCAGGCACGCGGCACGCCGACGCUGGGCCGUGCUGGUCGUGCGCAAGUUCGUCAGCGGCUUCUCCCACCGCCACAAGCCGCGGUGCCCCGAGAACGCCGACUUCCUCGACUUUGUCCGCGUCUCCUUCCUGCAGCGCCUGCGCUCCCAGCUGCCGCACAGCGUCCUCGACAAGGCCUGGCCGGUGCCGCCCCCUGCGCUCACCGAGGCCUCGGAUCAGCUGAGGACACUGUGCAUGCAGAACAUGGUGCGGAGCUACUGCAAGAAGAUCAGCCCCGAGCGCAAGCGACAGCUGGAGCAGAAGGAGUUGGCCAGCCGGCUCUUCAAGGGACGCAAGGACAACUACCCGCAGAGCGUGCCCAAGCCGUUUGCAGACACCCGACUGAAUAACAGUGACAUCAACCCUAAAGUCCUGCAAGCAAUCGGCAACAGCAAAGUCAAGUACGGCGUGCCGGUGACCAAGUACGACCGGCACGGCUACAAGCCGCGCGUGCGUCAGCUGUUGCUGUCGGACCAGGUCGUCUACGUGGCGGAGGAGGGAAAGCUGAAGCAGAGCAUCGACUACAGCCAGCUGGCCGGCAUCUCGGUGAGCUCGCUGAGCGACGGUCUCUUUGUUCUCCACGUGCCUUGUGAAGACAACAAGCAGAAGGCAGGCGUGGUGCUGCAGAGUGACUACAUAAUCGAGACUCUCACCAAACUCGCCAUGAUCGCGAAGAAAUCGGACAACAUCAACAUCACCCAGGGCAGCAUCAAGUUCAGCUCUGGGCCGGGCAAGGAGGGAACCAUUGAGUUCUCGUCGGGCUCGGAGCUCAUCGUGGGCAAGGCAAAGAAUGGCCACCUCUCCGUGGUCGCUCCGCGUCUCAACUCGAGAUGAUGUGGCUGCUGCAUCCCUCGCGGUGGGAGGAGGGGUGGGGUGGGGGGUGGGGGUGGUGGGAGGGAGACCGCAAGUGGGGGGGUGGGGGGGGAGCACCGUUCCUCGCACAGUGGAAGAAGACCCACUUCUCCCGGCAUCUUAAGGCUAACCGUGGACCAGCCAUGAGCUCACCGACCGCUGCGCAUUUAUUAUCGAUAGUUCACUUAUCUCGUUGUGUGCGUGUGUGAUUUUUUUUGUAAUUCUUUUUGUUGCAUACUUCCUCGAGUAUAAUUGUUCAUGUGUGUGAGAUUGCAUCUUCACGAUCCAUAGCUCGACAGGGGAACCCAUGGGCCACUCACAAAAGUGGGGCACUGUCCUUUUUUUUAUAGAUACGCACCCCAUGUGUUUUUUGGAGAGCAGUAAUGCAAUCUGUUGAGGCGGACUGACACUAAUGCCAAAAGGAUGUGUACGAGUGGCUUAAAAAUAUGUUGUCGAAGAUUGUGAUUUGUGAAACGGUGCGUCGGGCGGGAGGGGCGGGGAGGGCCUUCGGCGUCGGGUCUUGAGACUUCUUUCUUUCGCAACACGAAAACUAAAUAUAUUUCUGAGGAAUCCUAAACGAUGACUUUGUGAGGCAGCUUGAGAUUAGAUGAGCUUGCUUUGCUUCCCUUCGACAAAUCAUGCUGGGAGUGACCUAAAGCCAUUAAGAUUCCAUAAAAAAACCGGCACGUUUCUUUCGGCCUAGUGAUAUAGGCUCCACGUCCGCAAGCUUUAACGUCGGCGCUCACUCUGCACUCGUCCUUAAUGCCGAGGAAUUAAUCAAAAGUUGCUGCAAAGGUCGUACGGGAGAGGUUCCUCAUCUCUUUCUACGCCGGUGGUGGUGGUGGUGGUGGUUUUGGAAAGAGGCUGCUCUGUUUCUGUAAUCUGCACCGAUGCCAAAAUAUAAUGCCGGAUCAAUGCAUAGUGAUAAAGCACGUGGCAUAUGGCUCCUGUUAAACUAUGUUUCCCUUUUUGUCACACUUAAUUUCCUUGUACAUUUUGUCCGAUUCAUAGGUUUUGUAAACGUGAGGAAAGCGUUGGCACGGAGUAGUUCGGUUGCCUGCCAUGGCCGACACCGAUGGCGAGCGAUAUCUGAACUGGUCCAGGGCUUCCCUCUUGAACCAACUGCCACUAACCAUUGCGGGGAAGUACGGUCAAAAGCCGUGACAGACACAGCAAGAGGGGGGGGGGGGGUGGAGCCAUUUGAUUGGCCUGAAAAUUAUAAUUGUGUUAUCUGUAAACACAUUUCCUCUAAAUAUCUUUCUCAUCCAUUCUGUGUGCUUCACUUUUGUCUGUAAAAAUGUCUCUUCUCCAGAGCAACAUAUAGUGCCAGCCCAUACCCAUCUAACACAGGCUACCAUCUGCCAUACAAUCAGGGGAAUGUGUGAGAUACGCGCCAUCCGACGACGCCAAUGAGAUCAUCAUUUCGUGACCGUGAUCUCACACGGUUUGGAAGAUCGCGUGAUAAGUGGACGUCAUUUCAUUCCGCGCACACAAAUCGCAUUAAAUCCGUUGACGUUAUGUUUUUCAGAUGUGGAAUCCAACCGAUAAUAAUAGCACACACUUCAUUGUCUCUGUAUUCGCCGGCGAUGAUCACCGUAAUGUGACGCGAUUCUCUUACCGUGCGCGCGCGUGGCAUCGGUUGGCGCCAGCGUCACGGUUACCGGCGCCGCGUGCCACGGCAGUUUUGCUCGUCGCCUGCGGUGUGAAGCCAAACUGCCAAAAAAAAACAUAAACAAGCCACGAAAAUUUGAAGAGAGCCAUACUGGGAGCACUUAUCCAAGGAGAGGCGACGUCUCUUUGAAAAAAAAAAAAGCCCCGAAGAAAAUGAGGUUAUAAUGGGGCGAAAAAAAAAUGUUUGUGCAAUUUGGGGAAAAUUGUAAUUCUCUUUAUUGUGCUGCUUUGCCUUUCAAUCAAACUGCAUUUAUUCCUUAAAACAUGUUGCUAUGAUAUUAUCGAUGUAUGUACGUCAGGCUAAUGAAACUCAAUUUCGCUGCGUCAUUGGCACACGUGUGCGUGUGUGUGUUGUCUUGAGAGUUCAAAACCAAUGUCGAGGGGGAAGUUGGAUUCACCUGGCCCCUGGUGACGGCUCUCCUGCCGUCCCAUCAGCCACCUGUGGGUUGCCCUGCCACUUUACCGGCGAGCUCCUCCAGAGAGAAAAACUCCCGUUGAAUGGACGCAAACUUUCUUGACUCUUUCCGUUAGGUUCGCAGUUCAGUCCAAGCGUCUCCCUGUUCCAACAAGCGUUGGGCAGUGCCUUCCCCCCACCUCCCUCCUCUGCUGGCAGCCCUGAAUUUGUUGAACAAACCAGACUGCUGGUAAAGAGACCCCAGGAGAUGGAAAUCUUUCCAGAGUUUGCUUGCUUAAACAGUAAUGAUGCUGGAUAACGUUGGUCUUGGAGAGCUACCGAAUGGGGCUGAUGGAACAGAUCAGACUUUCUGCUUGUAUGUGCGAACAUUUCCACAUUCUCCAUUCCUGUGGUGGGGGAGGAGGGUGGGGCCCAGUCGAUAUACCACGACCACUGUUGACCUAGAAACUUUCGCAACCAUUUACUGACCACGGCGAGACGAUGGGUGGGAAUUUAUGAACCCCCCUCCCCCCACCACCCCCUGCACUGCAGUUUGAACUCCCACCGUUCUGACCGUGACGCGAGCGAUUUUUUUUUUUGUGUUUGAUGACCACAGCGCCCGCUGGCCGCGUUCUGUUGGAUCGUCGGUGCCCGUCGCUGCGUCGCCGCGAGCGAGUCGCUUCGUGGGCGGUCAGCGGUGACGUUCCCGUGGCCCGGCCGAUUUUGUCGUCCUCCCGUUGACGCUUCCGACUGCGCUACGCGGACCGCGGGCUGAUUUCCGUCUCUUGACUUCUGAUUGUUGUAAAGUAAGAAAAAAAAAUUACCGGUCUCUUCGUCGCUUAACAAGGGGGGGGUGGGGGAAGGGGUGGGCUUGGGGGAACGUUGGUUGGCAAAGUCUUCGAUGAGUUUUUUUUGGGCCGUUUGCUCAAGUUGGGAACCUGUUCCCCACCCACGUGUCACCGGACGUCUGGCGGACUGGCGAAAGAGCGUUCAUUGCAACAACGUGAUUGUCACAUUUAUUAAAUGCAAGUUUGAAAAACCGAA